AUGUCCUUUGGGAGAGAUAUGGAGCUGGAACACUUUGAUGAGCGUGACAAAGCACAGCGGUACAGCCGAGGGUCACGUGUGAAUGGGCUCCCUAGCCCGACUCAUAGUGCCCAUUGCAGUUUCUAUCGAACCCGCACCCUACAAACCCUCAGCUCUGAGAAGAAAGCCAAAAAAGUCCGUUUCUAUCGCAAUGGGGACCGAUAUUUCAAAGGGAUUGUAUAUGCCAUAUCUCCUGAUCGCUUUAGAUCUUAUGAAGCCUUGCUGGCUGACCUGACCCGAACUUUGUCUGAUAAUGUCAAUCUGCCCCAGGGUGUGAGAACCAUCUACACUAUUGAUGGAGCAAAGAAGAUCGCCACUUUAGACCAACUUGUGGAAGGAGAGAGCUAUGUGUGUGGUUCAAUAGAGCCCUUUAAGAAGCUGGAGUACACAAAGAAUGUAAAUCCUAAUUGGUCUGUAAAUGUUAAGACCACCUCAACUUCCCGUUCAGUGCCCUCUCUAGCCACGGCCAAAGGAAGCCCUCCAGAUUCAAAGGAGAACAAGGAUUUCAUUAGACCUAAACUGGUCACAAUCAUCAGGAGUGGUGUGAAGCCACGCAAAGCAGUACGGAUUCUUCUUAACAAAAAAACAGCACAUUCAUUUGAGCAGGUUCUCACUGAUAUUACUGAUGCCAUCAAACUUGAUUCAGGAGUAGUUAAGCGUCUUUACACACUGGAUGGGAAACAGGUGGUGUGCCUUCAGGAUUUUUUUGGUGAAGAUGACAUAUUUAUUGCAUGUGGCCCUGAAAAAUUUCGUUACCAGGAUGACUUCUUGCUAGAUGAAAGUGAAUGUCGUGUAGUGAAAUCUACUUCCUAUACCAAAAUAGCUUCAACACCACGUCGGAGCACCACUAAGAGUCCAGGUCCAUCCCGACGAAGCAAAUCUCCAGCAUCCACCAGCUCAGGUCCAAACCCAUGUUUUCUUGUCUGUUUUUAUGUUUCUCUAGUUAAUGGAACGCCUGGAAGUCAGCUUUCUACUCCCCGUUCCGGGAAGUCUCCAAGCCCUUCUCCUACUAGCCCAGGAAGCUUGCGGAAACAGAGGAGCUCUCAGCACAGUGGUUCCUCUACCUCACUAGCCUCUACCAAAGUCUGCAGUUCGAUGGAUGAAACCGAUGGGCCUGGUGAAGAAGUGUUGGAUGAAGGCUUCCAGGUUCCAGCCUCAAUAGCCGAGAGGUAUAAAGUUGGUCGGACUAUAGGAGAUGGAAAUUUUGCCAUUGUAAAAGAAUGUAUAGAAAGGUCAACUGGUAGAGAAUAUGCCCUGAAAAUCAUUAAAAAAAGUAAAUGCAGAGGAAAGGAACACAUGAUUCAGAAUGAAGUUUCUAUUUUAAGACGGGUCAAACAUCCCAACAUUGUUCUCCUGAUUGAGGAAAUGGAUAUGCCCACUGAGUUGUAUCUUGUCAUGGAACUUGUAAAAGGAGGAGAUCUUUUUGAUGCUAUUACCUCCACAAAUAAGUAUACAGAAAGGGAUGCCAGUGGGAUGCUGUACAAUCUGGCCAGUGCCAUCAAAUACCUUCAUAGCUUGAAUAUUGUUCACAGGGAUAUCAAACCUGAAAACCUGCUGGUCUAUGAGCACCAAGAUGGAAGCAAGUCUCUGAAACUGGGAGAUUUUGGUCUGGCCACUAUAGUAGAUGGACCUCUUUACACAGUUUGUGGAACCCCCACCUAUGUGGCUCCAGAAAUAAUUGCAGAAACUGGAUAUGGCCUGAAGGUGGACAUCUGGGCAGCUGGUGUGAUUACUUACAUCCUGCUGUGUGGUUUUCCUCCAUUCCGUGGAAGUGGAGAAGACCAGGAAGUUCUUUUUGAUCAGAUUUUGAUGGGACAAGUAGAGUUUCCAUCUCCAUAUUGGGAUAAUGUAUCUGACACUGCAAAGGAACUAAUUACUAUGAUGCUUCAGGUAGAUAUAGAACAGCGAUUUUCAGCUUUGCAAGUGCUUGAGCAUCCAUGGGUUAAUGAUGAUGGCCUUCCAGAAAAUGAGCAUCAGUUGUCAGUAGCUGGGAAGAUAAAAAAACAUUUCAACACAGGCCCUAAACCCAACAGCACAGCUGCCGGCGUUUCCGUUAUAGCAACCACCGCUCUUGAUAAGGAGAGGCAGGUUUUCCGACGAAGACGCAACCCGGAUGUGAGGGGACGUUUUAAGCCACAGCCACCACCUCCUGAACUCAACUCUGAAUCAGAAGACUAUUCACCAAGUUCAUCUGAGACUGUUCGCUCACCCAAUUCGCCCUUUUAA